CGAGGAGGAGUGGAGCAGAGUGAAUCGGGUCUGUUCAAGAACUCCCGUGUUUUUAUGUCCAUGCCGAACCAUGGUGAGACUCUACGAUCUGGUCUUCAUCACCAUCAGUCACAACGUAUCCUUCAUCGGCAAGGUGUGGUGGGUUCUGAUGGUUCUGGGCCGUGUUCUGGUGCUGUGUCUGGGCGCCUCGAGCCUCUUCCAGGACGACCAGGAGAGGUUUGUGUGCAACAGCCUCCAGCCGGGCUGCUCGGUGGUCUGCUUUGACGUCUUGUCUCCGGUGUGUCUUCUGCGCCUGUGGCUCUUCCAGCUCAUCCUGCUGUGUUUGCCUCACAUCCUGUUCGCCACCUACGUCACCCACAGAACCACCGCUGGCUACCCAGGUGGAGGGGUGCCCAGGUUCUCCUGCGCCUACGUUGUCGCCGUCAUUCUUCGCAUCCUUCUGGAAGUGUCUUUUGGUGCGGGACAGUUCUUCCUCUUUGGUUUGUCCGUCCCGAAGAGCAUGCUGUGCUACGAGCCCCCUUGCAGCUCGGGAGUGGAGUGCUUCGUCUCCAGACCUACAGAGAAGACCCUGAUGCUCCACCUGAUGCUGGCCUUGGCAUCCUUGUCAGCCAUGUUGAGCCUGCUGGACUUGGUCUGCACAAUCAAAGCCACGCUGAGCCGGAGGAGAGCGAGAAGCACGCUGGGUGACAAGUUGUGCAAAGGAGAACAAGGUAGCGUCCCUGAUGGCCUCCUGACCCAAAGAACAAGCCCCAGCGGGACCUCCUUGAACGACCACAAGGAGGAGCCGCCUCUUCCAAUCGGUCAACUCAAGAGGCUUCAAGACUGCAGACACGCUCAGACGGACGUAUCGCCUUUCUCUGUGACGCACUUUGUCCUCCACGACCGGGCCAGAUCACCUGUGUCGCCCUGCAGCAGACCUGCAACGCCCAAAGAGCCGGGCCGGGUCAUAUCCAGUAACAACUGGUCUGCCAAAGACAAGAGGGCGUGGGUUUGAUGGCGACUAGACUUUACUUCUAUUCUACUCAUGUAGUUUUUUAUGUUUACAUCCAAACACUCCUUGAGUCACAAAACUAGAGAUGUCCGAUAUCGGACUGCCGAUAUUAUCGGCCGAUAAAUGCUUUAAAAUGUAGUAUCGGAAAUGAUCGAUGUCGGUUUCAAAAAGUAAAAUUUAUGACUUUUUAAAACACAGCUGUACGGACUGGUACAUGGACGUAGAGAGAAGUACAGAGCCCCUCCCGAAAAUCUCCUGGGGCAACCAUUCUCCCGAUUCCCACCCAGACAACAAUAUUGGGGGCGUGCCUUAAGGGCACUGCAUUUGCAUGCCGGCCCAAUUGCAUAAUAUCUGCUGCGUUUCACACACACAAGUGAAUGCAAGGCAUACUUUCUCAACAGCCAUACAGGUCACACUUAGGGUGGCCGUAUAAACAACUUUAACACUGUUACAAAUAUGCGCCACACUGUGAACCCACACCAAACAAGAAUGACAAACACAUUUUGGGAGAACAUCCGCACCGUAACACAACAUAACAAAUACCCUGAACCCCUUGCAGCACUAACUCUUCUGGGACGCUACAAUAUACCCUCCACCUCCUCAUGCUCUCUCAGGGAGACCAUGUCCCAAAUUCCAAGCUGCUGGUUUGAGGCAUAUUAAAAAAAUUAUGCACUUUUUGACUUCAAUAAUAAAUAUGGCAGUGCCAUGUUGGCAUUUUUUUCCCAUAACUUCAGUUGAUUUGUUUUGGGAAACAUUGUUACAUUUUUUAAUGCAGGGGUGUCAAACUCAAAUACAGAGUGGGCCAAAAUUUAAAACUGAACAAAGCCGCGGGCAGAGGUUGAACAAAUUAUUAAUGGGGACCAAAACAAGUUUUGCGUUGAAUAUUGAACAAGCAAGGCUUAUAUAACUUUAUAGUGACAUGCAAAAUCGAGUCUCAAAUAAUAAUAAUAAUAACAAUUUAAAAAUAUCAAUGGCAUAUCAAACAAAAUUUAAAUAAAAAUCUUGUGCCUCUUUUCUAUUUUCAGCCUUCGGAGGUACAUAUAAAAAAUAAACUAUUUCCACAGGCUCAUAUUAAAUUUGAAAAUAAAAUAACAACGAUUUAAACAAUCAAGCCUUAAAGUAGCAAGAGAAAGUGCAUGAAUAAAACGUUAAUUAUUGCUCAGUUUUCUACACUGAUUUGCUUUAACACUGAAUAUGGAACAAGCAACGCUUACAUAACUUAAUCAUGCAAAAGCAACCAUCAAAAAACAAAUGAAAAAACAUCAAUGGUACAUUAAAUAAAAUUUAAAAAUAAUGCCUCUUUUCCAUUUGCAGUCCUCUGUGGUAAAUAUCAACAUUAACGUUUUCACAGGCCAAUAAAUUUGAAAAUAAAAUAACAAUGAGGUGGGCGGGGCGGGGUGUGUAUAUUGUAGCGUCCCGGAAGAGUUAGUGCUGCAAGGGGUUUUGGGUAUUUGUUCUGUAUGUUGUGUUCAGUGCGGAUGUGUCUGUCAUUUUUGCUUGGUGUGGGUUCACAGUGUGGCACAUAUUGGUAACUGUGUUAAAGUUGUUUAUACGGCCACCCUCAGUGUGACCUGUAUGGGUGUUGACCAAGUAUGCUUGCAUUCAAUUAUGUGUGUGUAAAAGCUGCAUAUAUUACGUGGCUUUGCCGGCACACAGUUUGUAUGGAGGAAAAGUGGACGUGACGACAGGUUGUAGAGGACGCUAAAGGCAGUGCCUUUAAGGCACGCCCCCAAUAUUGUUGUCCAAGUGGAAAUCGGGAGAAAUUUGGGAGAAUGGUUGCCCCGGGAGAUUUUCGGGAGGGGCACUGAACUUCAGGAGUCUCCCGGGAAGUAUUAGCGGUGAAUGCAGUGUUACAGCGGCACUGCCGCUGUAUAAUACCGGCGGGCCAGCUCUAAUGUUAAUUUGAUAUUGCCCCAAGGGCCAAAUUAAAUUACAUGGCGGGCCAGAGUUUGACACCCAUGGUUUAAUGCAUACAGCGGGGCAUCAAAACAAAAUUAGGCAUAAAAACGUGUUGAUUCCACGACUGUAUAUAUCGGUAUCGUUUGAUAUCGGAAUCGGUAAUUUAUAGUUGGACAAUAUCGGAUUAGCGGCAAAAAAGCGAUUAUCUGACAUCUCUACACAAAACCAAUAAAAGGAUUUUGACUCAACUCAACUGGUAUAAGUACCACCUGAGGAAAAAAUUGGCUCUCCACCAUUAUGACCAACAUUGAAAUAUAGUAGCGUAAUAGACCUAAGUAUUGAUUACAAACAUGGCAGCGUAUAUUUAAUAUUUUUGGCCACUGUAACACACAGAUUGAACAGUAACACCGAGUUUAAAGAAAAGAAAAGAAAACAUACUUUAAUCAAGUGAUUCUUUGGCGUAUCACUAGACUGAGCUUGCGUACUACUAGUGGUAGAUGUACCACGGUUUGAGAAUCCCUACUGUAGAUAAAUCAAAAUAGGAUACUUAAGAGGGAGCUGACCUUAGCAGGUUGUUCUUGCAGAGCUCAGCUGUCGGAUGAGGCCCGGCCGACCUCUGAACUUUUCACACGUCCCUGACCCCUCUUCACAUCUAUUUGUCGUUGCUGUCAAUCACCUCAGAAGACAUUUGACCCAAAACCAACAUGCUUGAAUUAUUUGUCCAUAAAGAGUUUGCAGGCAUUAGAUACACGUGACUGUUACAAGUCUGGCCACUUCAUAAGGCAUUCGCUUAAGUACUCUUAACUACUUCUUGAAGACUUCUGAGCUCACAUGAACACACAAAUUGUUUCCUUACCAAACCUAACUGUUAAAAUGACUCAAAUGGUUGUAAAUGCUGUAAUUUCCGGGUUGUAGCAUUAGCUGAUUACCAUAACGACCGUUGAAUAUUAUUAUUUACGAAACUGCAAAAAUUAUCCACAGUUAAUGUGUACAGCGAAAAACAUAUUUCUAUGGUCGCAUACAUGAACAGCAAAAUAAUUGUUCAAAAAUACCUUGUCAUUUUAGUGAGUAGGCAUAUAUUAUUUCUAGCAUUUCUGGGUUGGAGCUUUCGCUGAAUAGCAUGACAUUGCUAAAAACAUUUGUCCAAAGGCCAAAAACAAACUGCAUGUAAAGUUAAAAAAUACAUACAUACAUGUGUGUGUGUGUGUAUAUAUAUAUAUAUAUAUAUAUAUACACACACACAAUGCAUGUAUGUAUGUAUGUAUGUAUAAAUAUAUAGCAUUUCUGGGUUGGAACUUUCGCUGAAUAGCAGGACAUUGCUAAAAACAUUAGUCCUGAGGUCAAAAGCAGACUGCAUGACAAAGUAAAAAAAAUAAAUAAAAAAUAUAUAUAUAUACACAUACAUUAAUAUAUAAAUAUGCACAUACACACAUAUUGUACAUAUAUAUACAUGUA